AUGCCAAAAAGCAUAGUGAAAAUCUGUAGAGCUUUGUACGAUUACGAGGCGGCGACAGAGGACGAACUUUCUUUCAAAGAAGACGACGUUCUAUACAUUCUUGAAGACGAUGACAACGAGUGGUGGAAGGCAAAACUAAAAGUUUCACUAGAAGAUGGUGGUUUUGAAGAAGAUGGUCCUAUUGGGCUUGUACCGAGUAAUUAUGUUCAUGAGGCAGAAUAUAAUUUAGUGGCAAAAGCCAUUUACAGCUACGAGGCACAAAACGACGAUGAAUUGUCGUUCGAAGCGGGUGAUUUGUUAUAUAUAUAUGAAUCAGACGAUAGCGAUUGGCAUCUCGCAAAACUCAACGAUCAGUUUGGGUUAGUUCCGGUCAAUUAUCUCGAGGAGAGUCCAGUUGACGAUGUACAACAACAAGAGACAGAAGAAAACGAAGAAGCUAAUUACGAUGAAUCAGAGGGCGCGGUUGCUAAAUCACAAAAUAAUCCUAAAGUAUCGAUAUUCCAGUCACUAUCGAGUGCUGCUGCUAAUAAUAAUAACAACUCGUAUUCCGAUCCGUUGAAAUUGUAUGCUGCACGUCCAAAAGGCGCGUCUAAUGCUGCUGCAAAUGAGACCAAGACGUGGUCAGUUUCGGAAGUUGACAAGGACAAGAAAAAGAAAAAGAAGAAGGGAACUCUGGGGAUUGGCAACGGAAAAAUAUUUUACGGCAGUGAAUCUGAUAAGCCCGCCACAUUUGAUUUUCACGCUGGGACGAAAACCGAUGCUGAAGCAAUAUAUCAAAAAGCUAUGGAAUGUCGCGCAACGCUCAAUUCGUUAUCAACGGACGAGUCGUCAUCUCAUUAUUCACAUAAUCAAUAUGAAGACGAAGAAGAGGAGCAAAAGGCAGCAGUGCCAAAACGUGGCAUUAUUUUGUAUGAUUUUAAUGCACAGGGAGACGAUGAACUUUCGGUGGUGGAGGGUGACGAAGUAUGGAUCAUUGAUGAUGUUAGUAGCGAAGAGUGGUGGAAGUGCCGAAAAGAUGAUAACGAGGGAGUUGUGCCAGCUUCUCUCGAAGAGGAAAAACGUAUACGACAGCAAGAAUUACGCCGUGAACAGGAACGUCAGCAGCGUGAAGAAAAAGAAAGACGGCGACGCGAAGCAGCGGAACAGAAACGACGCGAAGAGGAAGUACAGAGGCAGGCUGCUGCUUCCGCAUCGCCACCGCCACCGCCCGCUUUACCGAAUCGUCCUUCGAUGCGAGCGAAGCCUUCUAAUGAAACUCUUGUCAAAAAAAUACAAACUCCCACGAAUCGUCAACUUCCAGACAGACCAGCCCAAGCACAAUCAAAAUCAAAACCAAUGCCAUCCAACACAAGAACAUGGACCGAUCGCACUGGCUCAUUCAAAGUAGAAGCCCAGUUUCUUCAAUACGUUGACGGAAAAGUCCAUCUCCACAAAUUAAACGGCGUAAAAAUUGCAGUUCCUGUUGAUAAGAUGAGUAAAGAGGAUAUCGCCUACAUCGAAGAAGUCACUGGAGAAAAAAUCGAAGAUGAAAAAUCUACCAAACAUGAGAAAAACAAUGACAAUGAUAAUUCCUCAAAAAUCGACGACAAAGGGGAUAAUACGCCGUUAGCUGCUAUUGUGGCCGCCAAGUCACCUAAAAAGUAUCGAAGUGAUUACGACUGGUUUGACUUUUUCUUGAAAGCCGGUAUUGGACACGAGGAAGCAUAUAAAUAUGCAACGUCGUUUCUUGCCGAGAAGAUGGAUGAGACUUCGAUUCCCGCUUUGAAUCGAGAUUUGAUGAAAGAACUUGGUGUUAAAGAAGGAGAUAUUAUUAGGAUUAAGAAAUAUCUUGAACAGAAACCACAGACCACUUCGUCAACUUCUCAGGCUUCAAAGCAGAAAAAAAGCGUGAGUUUCGGUGGUGCUGACAUUAUCAGCGAAAAUCAAGAAGCUUCCGAUAAGCAAAUGGCGCUCAGGAUGCAAUCGGAGGAACUAAAAAAAGGAAAUACUCUCUCCGAAUACGACCGAAAAUUGCAAGAGAAACGUGAUCAACAACUAGCACUCGAGCUACAAGAAGAGGAGAACAGAAUAGCACGCCGGGAAGGCAGGUCGAUUCCUAAAGCAGCUGAUAUAUACGGGAACUUGGGAUCAAUAAUUAAAAAAGAAGAGAAAAAGCCAUCAUCGUCGACGACUCCCCCAUUACUUUUCUCGGGAACAAAUGGGGCGCUUAAAAAUAAUACAAAGAAAGCACGACCACAGCCAAGCAAGACUGCACCAAUACAAAUUGAUGCCAAAUCGUUGGUUAGUGAGAAGUCACAGAUUGAUGAAGCGUUUAAAACCUCGGGUUCUUUGUUUAAUGAGGAUAAAUUUGAGAAUGAUGCUUGGACAACGCCAAGUAUCGCUACUCCUGCGCUUGUACCAACUCCCGUUGCUAAAACUAAUAACAACAAUAAUAUAUCCGCGCCUGCGCCUCCACCUCCCCCUCCCCCACCUGCUAUCAACAAUACUCCUGCUGUUACCCCGAUUACCGUCAAAUCUGAUGUCAACCUUCAAAGCAAUAUUCCGUCGACCGUUAAUGUCCCUAAAGCACCCACACCACCGCCUCCACCACCUGUUCAACUUCCAGUAAUAAAUUCGCGUGUUAAAUCAGUUGCAUCUAAAUCUGCAGCGCAAUUUGAUACAAGCGCAUGGACCGGAAAUCCUAUUUCUCUUACUUCCUCGCCUACCCCUUCAACUUUAUCAACAUCCGCUCCAUCAAUAAGUUCUUUAUCAUCAAAUUCGACCCUUCAGUCAUCAGUAUCAUUGCCACCACCCUCACAACCUAUUAUUGUCGUUCCUACUAAUCAGACACUUCCUCCGCCAUUAAUUCCAGUUUCCACGGGUGGCCGUUAUGUUGGAACUCACAAUAAUGUAGUGUCCAAUAGCACUUCUAAUCUAAAUACUGUUUCACCUGGUCAACUAUCAACUUCUAGUGGCGGAUUCCCAUCUACCCAAUUUAACUCCAAUUCCUUGACAUCUUUAAACCAAGCCAAGUCAGCAACCCUGCUGACAUCAUCAUUUACUCCUACAUUGUCUCAACCACAAGCUCAUCAAUCAUCGAUUCAAUUAUCACAACAAUUGUUAACGCAACAGCAAAACACAAAAUAUGAGCCUCAAAAUGUAUUCGCAUCAAUGAAGUCAACUGGUUUUGGAAGCGCUUCCAGCGAUAAAUAUGAUGUAUUGAAACAAGUAGAUGCACAAGCACCAACUGGUGGAUUUGGAUUUGCUGCAAGUUCACAAACGACCACUACGACGACCACCACCACGAGAAACUGGAAUCAAUUAAUUCCAGCGUCCAAUAACACUUUAAAUAAUGGAUUAUCAGGGAUUGGUGGUACUGGUGGUGGUUCAUUAAUUUCACCUACCUUCCAAUUCACCCAGUUAGCACAAUUUAAUAAAAUAUACAUAUCGCGUCUUGCAUUACCUCAUCACCAACAAAUGUUUCGAAUAGUUCCGCAGUUUGGAAAUACUCAUAAUAACAUUACUAUUCCAAUACCCACAUCAUCAGAAAAUCCAAAAAGUUUAGUCCUACCUGCGGAAUGCCUUCAAGAGAUUCUCAAAUACUAUAAAGAUGACCCAUAUACACUCAGUUCAUGCUUGCUGGUCGACCGUUACUGGUGUCAGAAUGCAGUCGCAGCUCUAUAUCGUAAUCCAUUCGAGAUAACUCGUAAACCAUCGCCGAAACUCGUGCUCAAUUACUUAAAUUUACUUGACGAAGAAGUGAAGAUUCUUCUACGCGAGAAUGGUCUCGAUAUGCUCCCUAUUCAUCCGAAGAUAACUUCCUCGGUAAAUUAUCUCGCCUCGCUUCGAACACUCCCAUAUAAAGCGAUAUACGAUUGUGUGUCACAACUUGUACCACAGGAGCAUCCGAGAUUUUCACGUCCGUGGAUGCGAAGAAAAUUUUGUCGCGUCGCAGUCGAGGAACUAUGUAAAUACUUCAUAAAAAAUUGCCAAAUGUUGAACGACCUGUCGUUUGAUACAAAAGAUAUGAUUUUUUACAAGUCAGAGGCAAAAAUGCCCUUUCCCAGUUACUCAGGUGCUGAUUCAUUACUACGACAAAUUCGAAGAUUCUCAUGCGGUGGCGAAUAUGAUAAAGGAGAUUUAAUGUAUGCAAUGUCUAUAUCAUGUAAAGAGCUUGACACACUCGAGUUGAACUUUUCGAGUUUUGAUAUGUACGAUCCAAAGGAUGGUAACCGACGAGAAAUAUAUCAAAUGCGUAGUCUUAUUGUGUCACAGAGAAAGCUCCAAAAAAUUAUAAUACGCGGAUCUUAUUGUUUUCUCGCUGAUUUAAUGCCUGCAUUUGCCACCCAAGCGUCUUCAUUGACUCAUAUUGAAUUUGUCAAUGUUCUGUUUCAAACUUCAGAACCACUUGAAGUUGUUAUACAAUGUCAUAAACUAGAAACGUUAAUAUUCGAAGACUGCAAUAAUCUCUCGAAUGAAAUUUUGGCACCACUAGCAAAAGCAUCUUUCACGUCUCUCAAAAAACUAAUAUUCAAAAAUGCAUAUCGUAGAGAACUCGACAAUCUGAUCCCGAUGAUUGAAAACACCAAUGGAAGUUUACGCGAAGUGCGAUUCCGACGACGAGAAUUCCGUAAUUCCGUAGUACAAGGUGUGCCUGACAUGCCGCCUGUGAUUAUUGAAACGAUCGCGAAAUCUUGUCCGAAGUUGAUAUCGUUCGAGGGGCAUAUCGAACAGGAAACAAUGCAACCGUUGAUCUUACUGUUGGAGAAUUGUCUAUGUCUUGAGCGAUUGGCAGUUUCGGUUGAGAAUCAAUAUGUCGAAUUUUUCCGAUCAAAUGUUGCGUCACUUUUACCCUCAACGCUACGUCAUUUGACAAUUUCUUGGAUGGGAAAUGUUUUAGCAACUGAUUUAGAUCUGUUUCUAAGCAAUUGUAGGGUCUCGUUAGAAACUUUACAAUUGACUACCCCAUGUUAUAUUGAUGUUCCAUUUUUGAAUGCAAUCAUUCAUUACGUCCGAAGAACUGGAACUUUAAGACGAUUGGCUUUGUCUCGUCACACUCAGGUAACCAAGGAAGGGAUCGAAAAAAUGUUUGCAGUCAUCAAUUCUGUCACAAAAAUCGGGGAAUGUUGCGAAUGGUGA